AUGGAGGGUUUACGGGAAACCAUCUCCAAAUGGCCUGAUUCAGGCGCGCGGAACGACGUCGAUGAUGACGAUCAGGGCUCCGAGUAUGAGCUCCUCAUGGAUCCAAACCUACCAGAGGAGCAUGAAUCUCGUCGUCAUGUACAACCCGAAGACGGCCUAUCUGAUGAUGGGUCUAAGGGGGCUGAAGAUGAGGGGGAGGAGGAAGAGAAUUCUCCGUAUCCGGAAGUUCGCGCGUCUGUCCACAAUUACGACGAAGAUGUGCCAUGUAAUACGGUUCGUGCUUGGUCAAUUGGACUAUCCCUUGUUAUUCUUGGAGCAUCAAUGAACACCAUCUUUUCGCUGCGCCGGCCCACCAUUUCCAUCGGGCCCCUUGUCGCUCAGAUUAUUGCUUGGCCCAUCGGUCAUGGGUGGGCAAGAUUUGUUCCCGAACGAGAGUUGAGGAUAUUUGGACUCAAGUGGCAGCUGAAUCCGGGCCCCUUUAACGUGAAGGAGCAUGCAAUUAUCGGAGUGAUGGCAUCUGUAUCCUUUUCUGUUGCCUAUUCGACAGACAUUAUCCUGGCACAGCUGGUUUUUUAUAAGCAGAAUUUUGGAAUACUCUUCCAGAUCUUGCUCGUGAUUUCCACGCAGUCGCUGGGAUACGGCAUUGCUGGUAUUAUGCGCAAAUAUCUAGUAUAUCCUGCAUCGAUGAUAUGGCCUGCGAAUCUAGCCUCCGUGGCCAUGAUGAAUGCCAUGUAUGAGUCGACUGAUGACAUAGAUCCGACAGUCUUCGGCGGCAGUUUAACUAGAUACACAUGGUUUAGCCUCGUUACUGCGGUAUCUUUUGUCUACUACUUUAUUCCGGGCUUCCUUGCCCAGUUCCUGAGCGUCUUCGCCUUUGCAACCUGGAUGGCACCGCAAAACCCAGUCAUCAAUCAGCUCUUUGGUGGAAACACUGGCUUGUCCAUCAUACCCAUUACCUUUGACUGGAGCCAGGUGUCAGGUUACAUCGGAUCGCCUCUUGUUUCGCCUUGGCACGCGAUUGCCAAUACCACCAUCAGUGUUGUCAUAUUCUACACCGGUCUGUCGAUCCUACUCCACUACUCUGGGACUUGGUAUGCCCCGUUCCUACCCAUGAACGACGCCAGUAUCUACGACAACACGGGGGCGGCGUACAACAUUACCCGGGUUGUGAAUCCAGACAUGACUCUGAAUGAGGAGGCCUACCGAAAUUACUCGCCGUUAUUCAUUAGCACCACAUUCGCCAUAUCAUAUGGCAUGUCAUUCGCCGCCAUCUCCUCACUCGUUGUGUAUACGUAUCUGCAACACGGCAAGUACAUCUGGAAGCAGUACAUGAACAGCGCCACGGAAAAGCCGGAUAUCCAUAUGAAACUGAUGAAAAAGUACAAAGAGGCACCGACGUGGUGGUACCUCACUCUCUUCUGCAUCAUGCUGGCAUUGGGCUUCUAUACAGUGCUUGCGUACCCAACCAACCUCACUUGGUGGGCCUUUUUAUUGGCCGUCAUGAUUUCGUUCGGCUUCUCUUUGCCAAUCGGUAUCAUUCAAGCCGUCACAAAUAACCAGAUUGGCUUGAAUGUGCUCACGGAGUUUGUAUACGGCUACAUCCAGCCGGGACGGCCUCUGGCGCUCAUGCUCUUCAAAACGUUUGGAUACAUCACUAUGUCCCAAUCACUCAAUUUCAUAGCAGAUCUCAAGUUCGGUCAUUACAUGAAAAUCCCGCCCAGGACCAUGUUCAUGGCCCAAGUCGUCGCCACAACAUACUCGUGCGUAAUCCAGGUUUUGGUCCUUAACAUGGCACUCAACAACAUCGAAGACGUGUGCGAUGAUCAGCAACCCAACCACUUCACAUGUCCAGGCGGAAGAGUCUUUUACUCUGCUUCUGUCAUUUGGGGCCUCAUUGGCCCAGGUCGAAUGUUCUCCCCAGGCCAAAUCUACUCUGGCCUCUUCAUCUUCUUCAUCAUCGGCGCAAUCACCCCUAUAGUCAUCUACUUCGCCGUCAAGAAAUACCCAAAAUCCCCCGUGAAAUACCUCAUCGCGCCGCUCCUCUUUGGCGGCCCCGGCUCCAUCCCACCCGCCACACCUCUCAACUACUACUCCUGGGGCAUCGUGGGCUUCAUCUUCCAGUUCUGGAUCAAGAGGCACUACUUCCGGUGGUGGAGCCGCUUGAACUUCUUGACGUCGUCCGGCAUGGAUUUGGGUCUAGCGCUGGCCACGCUCUUCAUCUUUUUCGCUUUCACAAUGAAUGGGAUUGAGCCCCCAAAAUGGUGGGGGAAUAACGUUGUCGGCACGACGAUGGAUUUCCAGGGCACGGCUGUGAGGGCGCAUGUUGCAGCGGGAGAGCAUUUUGGCCCAAGCUCAUGGUAG